CCUCCUUCCCACCCCGCCCCUAGGCUCCUCAGCCUGCCCGGGGCCCUUCCCCCACCUCUCUGAGACUGACACUCUGCCGUACCAACCAACCCGCGUCACCGGACAGAGUCCAGCCAAUCAGCACCCAGUAUCGGGCGGGCUCUGGCUACCCUAGCCGGGACGGAGGGAGGGAAGAGACGCUGAAGGCUAGUAGACGGGAAGAGCCAUCAGCCAAUCAGAGAGACUCCUGGAGCCGGACGGCGGCUUCCAGCGUUACUGAGCAGGCGCACCCUCCACUUUAGGUAGCGCUCGUCUGCAUACGAGGGCGGGGUCUACGGAAAGGAGGUGGAGCGCUGAAAGGGACCCAAGCACCAGUCAGCCCCUCCUCCCGCGUUAGCCCCGCCCACAAGCCGGCCCAGCAAGGAAACGGCUGCGGUAGGGACGGACUGAUUGGGUAAGAGCCAGCUCGUCGCUCUGUUAGGAUUGGUUGAAUGAGUCUUUUCGAAGUUUGCAGUAUCCAAUAGAAAGGUGGGAGGCGGAGUUAAAGCGCUAAGAGAAGCGUUACUCCGCGAGACUCUCUUGGAAAGUAGUCCCCGAGGUCACAAGACAGUAGCAGGGGUCUGUAGUUAGCAGGUUGACUGCGCUUGCGGUGGUCCCUCUCCGAGCCCAGGAAGCCACUCCUGUGCCGAGAGAGAGGCCUGGGAGCGCUCGGAGUGUGCGCGGACUGGAGAAGCGGGCGGUGGCGGAGUGAUUCGUAGAGUAAAUUCGACGCCGAGGGGCGGGGUCGGGGAUUUGAAUCGGGCGGCGGGCGGAGGAGGCCGGUGGAGGAGGCUGCCGUGCAGAGCGCAGGACAGGGUCAGCGCAGGCGGUGAGUUCAGGUCAGCCGCCGGGACCCCGGGCUCCGGGUUCGGAGAGCGGCUCCCGGCUGCGGGUGCUUUGCCAGGAGAGCCCUUCCGGACAGAGGAGCCGGGGUCUAGAAGGAGCGGCCAACGCGACGCUCGCCUGCCACGGGGCUCUGGGAGUAAGCCUGUCUGCCUGGCGGGCCUUCAGGUGCGGCGUGAGAGAUGGAUGCCAGUUCAAAAGACAAGCCCCCUGAAACCAAGGAGUCUGCAAUGAAUAAUGCUGGAAAUGCCUCUUUCAUUUUGGGAACUGGGAAGAUUGUGACUCCUCAGAAGCAUGCCGAAUUACCUCCUAAUCCUUGCACACCAGAUACUUUUAAAUCACCUUUGAACUUUUCCACAGUAACCGUACAGCAAUUGGGAAUUACACCUGAAAGCUUUGUUAGGAACUCUGCAGGAAAGUCAUCAUCCUACCUUAAAAAAUCCAGACGACGUUCUGCAGUCGGUGCUCGGGGCUCUCCUGAAACAAACCAUCUGAUUCGUUUCAUUGCUCGGCAGCAAAAUAUAAAGAAUGCUAGGAAGUCUCCUUUGGCACAAGAUUCUCCUUUCCAGGGCAGCCCUGCACUGUAUCGAAAUGUUAACUCUUUAAGAGAACGAAUAUCAGCCUUCCAGUCAGCUUUUCACUCCAUAAAGGAAAACGAGAAAAUGACCGGCUGUCCGGAAUUCUCAGAGGCAGGAAGAGAGUCUGAGAUGACAGACUUGACCAGAAAGGAGGGUCUCAGCGCUUGCCAGCAGUCUGGGUUCCCUGCAGUGUUGUCCUCCAAACGUCGGAGAAUAUCCUAUCAGAGAGACUCUGAUGAAAAUCUAACGGAUGCUGAAGGAAAAGUAAUUGGUCUCCAGAUAUUCAAUAUUGAUACAGAUAAAGCAUGUGCAGUUGAAACUUCUGUAGAUCUUUCUGAGAUAUCAUCUAAACUUGGUUCAACACAGUCUGGAUUUUUAGUUGAAGAGUCUCUUCCCCUUUCAGAGCUCACAGAGACUUCAAAUGCACUGACGGUUGCUGACUGUGUAGUGGGCAGAGGACCAAGUGAUGCCGUUUCACCUGACACGUUCACAGCAGAAGUGAGCUCAGAUGCAGUCCCUGAUGUCAGGUCACCAACUACUCCAGCCUGCAGGAGAGACCUUCCCACCCCCAAGACCUUUGUACUUCGUUCUGUACUGAAGAAACCCUCUGUUAAGAUGUGUCUAGAGAGCUUACAGGAACACUGUAACCACCUCUGUGAUGAUGAUGGGACUCAUCCGAGCUUAAUCUCAAAUCUCCCAAACUGUUGGAAAGAGAAAGAAGCAGAAGAUGAAGAAAAUUUUGAAGCACUGGCCUUUCUAAAUAUGAGGAAGAGGAAGAGAGUUACUUUUGGAGAGGACUUAAGCCCGGAAGUGUUUGAUGAAUCUUUGCCAGCAAAUACUCCAUUGCGUAAAGGAGGAACACCUGUUUGUAAAAAGGACUUGAGUGGUCUCAGUUCCCUGCUGCUUGAGCAGUCACCUAUUCCUGAGCCAUUACCUCAGCCAGAUUUUGAUGACAAGGGGGAGAAUCUUGAAAACAUAGAACCACUUCAAGUAUCAUUUGCCAUUCUCAGUUCUCCUAAUAAAUCAUCAAUUUCUGAGACCCUUUCAGGCACUGAUACCUUUAGUUCUUCAAAUAACCAUGAGAAAAUAUCCUCUCAUAAAGUUGGUAGAAUAACAAGGACUUCUAACAGAAGAAAUCAAUUGGUCAGUGUUGUAGAAGAGAGUGUUUGCAACUUAUUGAAUACAGAAGUUCAGCCUUGUAAAGAAAAGAAAAUUAAUAGGAGGAAGUCUCAAGAAACAAAGUGUACAAAGAGAGCACUUCCUAAGAAGAAUCAGGUUUUAAAAAGUUGCAGAAAGAAGAAAGGAAAGGGAAAGAAAAGUGUUCAGAAAUCUUUAUAUGGGGAAAGAGACAUUGCUUCUAAGAAGCCCCUCCUCAGUCCUAUUCCUGAGCUGCCUGAAGUCUCUGAGAUGACACCUUCAGUUCCGAGCAUCCGAAGAUUGGGUUCAGGUUAUUUCAACUCAAAUGGCAAACUGGAAGAAGUGAAGACUCCUAAAAAUCCAGUGAAAAGAAAGGAUCUUUUGCCUCAUGACCCAGAUUUGCGUAUGCAUCAAGGCUUUGAUAAAUAUGACGUGUCUGAAUUCUGCUCGUAUAUAAAAAGUUCCUCAUCGCUUGGCAAUGCUACUUCUGAUGAAGAUCCAAAUACAAAUAUAGUGAACAUUAAUGAAAAUAAAAAUAUUCCAAAAGCAAAAAAUAAGUCAGAAAGUAAAAAUGAACCAAAAGCUGGAACUGACAGUCCUGUUUCUUGUGCUUCUGUAACUGAAGAACGUGUGGUAUCAGAUAGUCCCAAACCUGCUCUGACCCUGCAGCAGGGUCAAGAAUUUGCUGCUGCUGGUCAAAAUGCAGAAAACCUUUGUCAAAUCUUUAAAAUUUCACCAGAUCUAAACAUAAAGUGUGAAAGAAAGGAUGACUUCUUAGGAGGUGCAGAAGGAAAACUGCAAUGCAGUCGUUUAAUGCCUAGUUCACAAAAAGACUGUCAUUAUUUAGGAGAUGUCUUAAUUGAAAAUACGAAAGAAUCUAAAAGCCAAAGUGAGGAUUUGGGAAGAAAACCCAUGGAAAGUAGCAGUGUUGUGAGUUGCAGAGACAGGAAAGAUAGAAGACGCUCCAUGUGUUAUUCUGAUGGUCAAAGUUUACAUUUGGAAAAAAAUGGAAAUCACACACCAUUCUCCAGUGUAGGCAGCUCUGUAGAAAUUAGUUUAGAAAAUUCUGAACUGUUUAAAGAUUUGUCUGAUGCCAUUGAGCAAACCUUUCAGAGGAGAAAUAGUGAAACCAAAGUGCGACGUAGCACGAGGCUACAGAAGGAUUUGGAAAACGAAGGGCUUGUAUGGAUUUCACUUCCACUUCCUUCCACUUCCCAAAAAGCCAAAAGAAGAACAAUAUGUACAUUUGACAGCAGUGGAUUUGAAAGUAUGUCUCCCAGAAAAGAAACUGUGUCCUCCAGACAAAAACCACAGAUGACACCUCCCGUCUCAGAUCCAGAGAACAACCAGGGCCUUGCUGCUGGUUCUUCCCAUGAACCUGGUAAGAGGAGGAAGAGCUUUUGUAUAUCUACACUUGCAAAUACUGAAGCCACUUCCCAGUUCAAAGGCUACCGGAGAAGAUCCUCUCUUAAUGGGAAGGGAGAGAGCUCUCUGACUGCCUUGGAAAGGAUUGAACAUAAUGGAGAAAGAAAGCAGUAAUUGACAUUUCCUGCAGAGCCUGUGGCAAGAGGGAAAGUAACCAUCUAUGCUGAAAUGAUCUGUCUAGUUCACAUUCUCUGUUCAACCUUGGUGUUUCUAAAGUUCCUAAUAAAUAAACUCAUUUGAGUUGAACCUA